AUGGCGGCAAGAGUUUUCCUUCUUUGCUCCAAAAAUUUCUCCAGGUGCUGCUUUACUGGCCAUGUCAGGCAAGCCAGUAAUUUUGUUCCUAAAGAAUAUAAGGGUCCGUCGUACGAAAAAACCGAACAGCUUAAGGCAGAUCACUUUCCUCCGGCCGUGUAUAACAUUUAUAAACGCCCCCUGCUAUUACACCAAGGUCACAUGCAAUGGCUCUAUGAUCACGAGAAUAAGAAGUACCUUGAUUUGUUCGCGGGAAUCGUCACAGUAUCGGUCGGCCAUUGUCACCCAAAAGUUGUAGCAGCGUUACAGAAUCAAAUCAAUAUUUUAUGGCAUACGACCAACAUUUACAAACAACCCAAGAUUUACGAAUACAUCGAGAAAUUAGUAUCGAAAUUCCCGGGCGAUUUAAAGGUGGUGUACUUAGUCAAUAGUGGGUCAGAAGCCAACGACUUAGCUAUUCUGCUGGCGAAAGCGUACACAGGCAACAAUGACAUCAUAUCUCUACAGAGCAGUUAUCAUGGUUAUUCCACUGGACUCAUGGCGCUAACUGCUUCACAGAGCUAUAGGAUGCCCAUGCCGGUUCCCCCUGGCUUCUAUCAUACCCCGUUAGCAGAUCCGUUCAGGGGCUAUUGGGGUGGAUGGCGAGAUUCAAUUUCUCAGGUGCCAGGAGCAUCCUGCAGUACUACAGGUCAAGACUGUGAUUCAGCAGACAAGUAUAUUCAUCAGCUUAAUGAGGUUCUAGAAACUUCCAUCCCGGCGGGACGUCUAGCAGCAAUGUUCGCGGAGUCAAUUCAAGGAGUCAACGGCACCGUCCAAUUUCCUAAAGGAUACAUAAGGAAGGCUCAACAGUUGGUUAAAAAGUACGGUGGAUUAUUUGUUUCGGAUGAAGUACAAACUGGCUUCGGACGUACUGGAGACCACUUCUGGGGCUUCCAAGGGCACGGAAUAAUGCCAGAUAUAGUGACAAUGGCUAAGGGCAUUGGUAAUGGCUUCCCCAUGGCUGCUGUAGUCACCACCAAGGAAAUAGCUGCUGCUCACGCCAAAGCAGCUUACUUCAACACCUUUGGAGGCAACCCAAUGGCAUCGGCAGUUGGAUCAGCAGUUCUUGACGUCAUUGAAGAAGAACAACUACAAAAUAACUGUAAAGAAGUUGGAAAAUACUUCAUUGAACAAUUGCAACAGCUGCAGAAACACCACCCCGUUAUUGGGGACGUCAGGGGAAAGGGCUUAAUGUUGGGUAUAGAACUCGUCGUCCCGGGAACUAAGACAGCUUUGCCUGUUACUGACGUGUCUGAGAUACUUGAAAUAACUAAAGAUAACGGUGUUUUAUUUGGCCGAGGAGGAAGAUGGGGCAAUGUACUGAGGAUAAAACCUCCAAUGUGCAUCAACAAAGAGAACGUCGAUUUGGCCGUGGAUGUACUCGAUAAAGCAAUAAAACAGCAUUUAACUGCAAAAUCGAAAUGA